AUGACUCAAAUUUCAGAUGGAAAAUCUACGCUUGAAAGAGAAAUUGAAGCCCUUAAAAAUGAUAAGCUUGCCAAAAAAGAUGACACUCCUGUUGAUCCCUCUAAACUUGAAAAGCUAGCAAAGUUGUCAUCCCAGUUAACGUCUCUUGAGACUCUACAGAAGCUUGAAAAGUAUUCUAAGGAGCUUGAAAAUGACAAAAAUUCUAAAAACCCCAAAGAUAUUCUAGAUAAAUUAGUUGAAGGUUUACAGAGCUUCCUCGGUUUCAACUCUGAGUCCAAAGGCUACUCGGGCACCGGCAUCGUGUACUCCGACCUUGACAGGCUGUGCGACGGGGUGAUGGCUUUCCUUCAUGGUGUUCUUGAGAGUAUUAAGGAGGAUGAAAGUGUGAAGAAAUAUGAUGUUCAAGAUGCUUCAAGUAAUAUUACUUCAGUUAUUAACACUCUUAACACUUCUGUAGGUAAAGGCCGUGAGGCCUUCGGGGACGCCGUGACUGAGGUAAGUGAGUGGUUGAAAAAACAUGGUGAGCAGGUGGACAAGGCAACGGGAGAAGUGAAGACUAAAUUAGGUGACGGAAAUGAGUAUUACAAGGAAGUGGAGAAUGAAGCCACCAAGCCACUUGCCAGCCAACUGGCGGCGUGGACGGGGACACUUAGUAAAAUUUCUAGCGCACUUAAUGACGAUAUACAAACAAAAGCUAAUGACUUAGAUAGUGCACUUAAAGGUAGAAUAGACGUAGAAAUGAAGCCGGUAACUAAGGUUGUCGAGCACCUGCAGAGUGUGGCGGUUGAUAAGGGGUUUAAGGACCAAGUGAGCAAGGUGGACGAGGAGUUGCGUGAAACGUUUUCUAAGGUAAUAGAGAGAAUCUUAAAUCUGAAGCACGAGAAGUACACGCAUUUUAAAGGUAUGAGGAAGACAUUGGAAGUAGCGGAACAAGAAUUACUUGGUGAAGAGGGUAUCAAUUUCAAUAAUAAAUACAAACAGCAUAUUAUGCUGAAGUUUAAGGGCAUACAACAUCAGAUGAAUGAUCUGUAUCAUCAUCUAAUGGGCAAAAAAAUGGAACUUUCGGGAUUGGUCAGCAGUGCUCAGGCAGCGUUUGGUACGAUUAAGGUGAAGGUUGGAAAGGCUGGCGGGCGAGACGGAGAGAAUAUAAAAAGCGUAGCGUUCAAUUGGGAUAAGCUGAAAGUGGAGGUUCAGACAUUUGUUAAUGGCAAAAUUGUCGGUACUGACGAUGGGAGCCAAGGCUUGAAGCAGAUUAAGGAGGGCAUACUGAAGUACGCCAAGGGGUUUGGGAAGGGAGGGACUUUUGAGACCACAGUUUUGAAAGAUUGGAUCCAAGGAAUUAUGGAAAAGGAACCGACGAGAAGGUAUAUAACUUCAAUGUCCAGCGCCAACUCGGAGGAUAUUACAAAGGUGCACGAAGGCAUCAUUGGUCAGAUUAAAGACAUCGUUUCUAAAGUUAGUGGUAAAAGACCGGAUGGCAAUGGAAGCGUGGAUGGUAAUUUGGGAUACAUUAGAAAAUUUCUUGAGAGCGUUGCUGAUGAACUUGAGAAAAAAUUGACAUCGGCUGAAGUUUCUAAGAUAAUUACGACUAUCGAUCCCACGCUGGCACAUCCGUCGUCUUCCUACAAAAAGGACCAUCUAAGCAAGGUUCUUCAAAUCAUUCUCCGACGGGUAUCCGAUAUGGCGAAGCAUGUCGCUGCAGAAAUUAAGAGAUUCACCGAAGAAUCCAAGAUUGAACAUCUCGCAAAUAUCAUGACCCAAGCCACAUCACUUCCCGAUAUGCUUAAUGGCCAGGGAGAUUCCAAUCGUGGCGAUAAAAUCACCAAGGCGUUGGGUGUCGUUAGUCGGCAAAUUACGGCGCUGGACACAUUGUUGGAAGGGGUGGGGAGUAAAAUUCCCGACGCCGUUGGAACGAUUCAAGAAAUCAUCGAUGAGGUUGCAAAACUCCAAAACGGGAAGGCUGAUAACGACGUAAGCGUUGAGAAAAUGAAAAAUGACGUAGAAGCAAAAAUGGACAACUUGAAAGCGGAAAUGCAAGAAAAGUUCAAGGCCAUCAAUCAGGACGUUAGAAUCGCACAUGAUACUCUGAAACAAGCAAUAGACAGUCUCCACGACGCUGUGAAAACAGCGCAAAAUACAGUAACUACGGAAGUCAGAAAACUAUUCUGCAGGCAACACCUGGCGGACUUAGAGGCUCUUCACAAAUUAGCCAACGAACAAAAAGCAAUAAUCCAAAACAUUAUCACCCUGGACAGCAUGACCGGCGUAAAGGGAUUAAUGAAUCUCAUGGAGACGCAGCAUCAGAAGAUUUAUCAGAUUCCUGUUAUACGUGAAUUUAAAGACGUAACAGAAAAUGUAAGAGAUUACUUGAAUAAAAUCCUUCUCUACACCUCCUCCCAGUCCCACUCCCCCCAAGUCGACCGCCUCAAAUCCCAACUGGACACUUUACUCACUAACCUAAAAUUAGAAAGCUCCACAAAAAUCUCCCACUUCGACCACACGUUCACUUCUGACCUAGCCGCACUUAACGAUGCGCUUGCCGCAUUAACCCCCAAGCAGUUCAACGGCCACCAGCACCCUGAGCUGCUCGACGCGCUAGCCGCGGGAGCGAAGCGACUGGCGGAGGAACUGGGCAAACAGUACGUGAACAGGUACAGCGGACUGAAGUGGAGUGAGCAGGCAGACACCGAUAAGGACAAGUGCGCUAAGGUGUUGCUCACGUUGCUGUACACCGUAAGCAACUCGUUGAGUACACUAAAACACGAUUGUCGCACUUUGAAAGGAGAGCAAAUUAACCAGUCUAGUAACGUAGGGAAAUUAUUAGCCGGUCACGGCUAUAUUGUAUCCGAGUACGGAAAGCAGGACGGACAGCUACGGAAUAAGAAAGAGUGCAACGGUCAGCAUAUUAUUGAUUUACUUAUCAGGAACGUCGACGGUGCGAACGAAAAUGAACAUCUUAAAACGUGUAAAGACGAUGCGAAGAAUAAAUCAGAAGAAAAACACAAAGUAGUUGCACCGAAAACACAUUUUAAUGUCAUGGACCUACUUGCCUGUCUUACCACUCACCGUAAUGAAUACUUCCAAACUUGUCAUCUCUCCACUUCCUUCGCCAAAAAACAUCCAUGUUCAGUCAAUGAGAUGUUAUGUUGGCUCUCCGGUCUUCCUCACAACCAUAUAUACCCGAAACUUAAAAGUCACAUUACGUCUUUGUUUGAGGUACCAGAUAGGAGUGACCCGAAUGUUAAAACGGUGCAGCCCGUAAAUGCCCAUCCUUUCAGCUUUACAUAUAGACAUGUACAUGAUGCACUUAAGAACAUGGCAGCCCAGUCUCAGAAUAUGCUCCGCAUCAUACGCGGCACUGGUAAUGCCCAGAUCACUUAUGGUUGUGAUUUUACUAACAACUCCCUCAGUCUGUCGUAUCCAUCAAAUCCUGGCGCGUGCUUUGAUACGCUUUAUGACAUUCUCCGUAGAUUGUUCCCAGUGUUUAAAUUCUUACAUAUACAAUGUACGUACGCCGGGAAAGAUUACGGUUGGCGUGACUGCCUCUACGGCAAUGGCGUCGACCCGUCGAGUUGGCAAUGUAGGGACCACGCAAACACAAAACCAAAUGGCCAGGCAACAUCCCAGGCAAAUUGCAAACCAAAAGAUGAACCAAAUGGUCAACCAACGUGCCAACCUAAGUCUCCACUAAUGAGUUACCUUAACGACUGUCUUCCCGGUCAUUUACCACACCAACUACAGUCAGUGGGUUGCACUUUCAAGUGUACCACAUGUUCUCCCAAUGCCAAGGGAAUGCCCUGUCUGACGCCUCUCGGCUUCAGAUACUUUUCGGGCAGUAUGCGUACAGGUAGAGAACUAUGCCUGUUGCUUGACGAUAUAUGCGGAAACUAUGGCGUUCUCACCGGACUUUUAUCAAUGUUAACGUGCGUUACUGUUCGUCCGCCGCAGUUGUUCCCUGAUAUAUUUGCCUUUUAUUCCAUGCUCAUAAGUAAGUGGGAUAAUGCGCCUAACGCACAGAGCAAAGUUGAUAACAAAACUAUAAAAGGCGCCAUAUCCGACUCUAUUGACGGUACCAUUGCGUGUAGCACCGAUGAUGCCAAUAAACUACUUGACCCUUGCGGUCUGUUGUAUCAAUCCAACUCCCAUGCCGACCACAAUCUCAAUAACCCUGAUCUGAAAUACCUUGUUGGUUGCGGAAAGCAAGAUUGUGGUACCUUCAUGCAGCCUCUUAGCCAUUCUGCGUACUCCAUUUUUGCACCGAGACAUGCCAGCAAAUAUUUCUCAUGCCUCCUCUACAGUGGUUGGUCACUUGUAAAAUUCCUUGAGCAGUUGAAGGACGCGUUCUGCAGCAUUUCAUGUGCCGAUGCUGGUUGCCUACCUUGUGUGAACACUAAUCAAUGCCAACAGGGCAAGCAUGGUUCCGCAGAAUGUGGAUGUAUGUCCAUGGUAAACUGCAAAGGAGUCUCGUCGGUGUUUUAUCAAUAUGGGCUCACGUAUGCAAAUGCCCCCGCCGGCACCAGAAAGAAAUGUAAAUAUUUCUGCGACACAAUAGAUCGCAUAUUGAGUUCCAAGCUGCUAGGUAAUUUCCUGUCGGCAAUCGACGAACUCAUCUUCACCGUCAGAGAGAAUUUUAUUUGGACAUUAGUAGCCCUCUGGUCGCUGUCGCUCCUGUACCUGCUGCACAUCGCCGUCGUCCGCCUCGACGUGCUGAGGAUACGCUCCCACCUGCGCUCACCCGCAAGCCACCGCAUCGCCGCACAGUCGCUCCUCGCCGCCGCACGCGUCAAGGCACUCGCCAACGUCAAGUACUUCUCACCGUAA